AUGAACAAACAGCAAUUGCUAUUGAAGGGUAUAGAGAGAAAGAGGGAAAAGGAAAAGGAAAGACAAGCCCAAAAACCCAACAAACCCUUGGCUUUUAUAAUGACAGUGAUCCACGAAUACCCCGAGACUAGUGCAUUGGCCUCUGCUUUUGGCCAAUUCGUCAUCGACGAACAGAACAAAGCAUUGAAAAACCACGACGAGUUUUUGGUCGCCAUCAGCGGUGGCUCAUUGAUCAACGUCAUGCGCAAGGCCCUUGUCGACAAUGAAACCAUUGCCUCCCAAAUCCAAUGGCCCAAAUGGCACGUCUACUUUAGCGACGAACGUUUGGUUCCCUUGGACCAUGCUGACAGUAAUUACGGUGCCUUCAAAAAAGCCGUUUUGGACGAAUUGACGCACAAACAGAUCGCAGGCCCCACCGUGUACACCAUUAACGAGUCACUAGUGCAAGAAGGCGGUUCCGAAAACGAAAAGAUAGCCCAAGAGUACGAACUUUUGCUUCCAUCGAAGCGUCCCUUCGAUUUAAUCCUUUUGGGCUGCGGACCAGACGGCCACACCUGCUCGCUAUUCCCGGGCCCCAAACACGCCUACUUGCUCGAAGAGACUCACCGUAAAGUUAUGUGGUGCCAUGACUCCCCCAAACCCCCAAGCGACAGAAUCACCAUCACCCUUCCAGUCGUCUUGGCAAGUGAAACGGUUGCCUUUGUUGCUGAAGGUAGCGCAAAGAAACCUAUAAUGGACGAAAUAUUCAAUACUGUCAACAAGACCUUACCAUGCACCUUGGUGAACCUACGUCGUUCCGACCCAAGCGCCGGCGAUACUACCCCCGAUAAUGCCGCUACCCAUUGGUUUGUCAGUUCGGAUGCUAUCGCAGGGCUUCGCAUUGAGACCGCUGCAUACUAA